GAACCCAAGCUUGGCCAGCAUUGCGACCCAUUGCCAUCUUUCUUCCAGCCAUUGUCUUUCCGCAUGGCUGCUAUACGGUAGCGGCAUUUGCUGGGAACCCUUCCACCUGCAAAUCCCGUCUCCGACCAAGCGAAGCAAGCACUUCAGGCCGCGACACUCCGUCCAAGCUGGGAUACCAGGCUUUCCUGUCGUUAGAGCCAACUGUUGCGGUAUUUUGGAUUAGCACGACCAUAUCUUGGGCACUUGGAUUCUUCAUGCCGUUGGGAACGACUUGUACACCUGUAUGACAUGCCGACGCACUCGCUUUCAACCUCCAACCCACGCACAAUAAGCCCUCAGAACUCGUCCACGCCGCUGAUAACGCAAGAACAGCGUCAGGACGUUCGAGAAGCUAGCGCCAGCAGUGUUGCGGAGCAAGACGGGAAGACUUUGAAACAGAGAUUGUUGGGAUUGGCUGGAAAGAAGAAGGACGAAAAGGCAGAACCGAAGAUGAACACAGUUCAUUCUCAGGCGGAAGUCGCAUCGCCUUCGAAGCAAGCGCAACUUGAUCCCAAAGCGCAAAAAGCUCUCAGGAACAACCCAUUACAGAACACAAUCGCUGCUUCGCCAUCACGAGUGAGAUCGAGUUCGCCGCGACUACACAGCCCUGCAUCCUCUGAAAUAUUCGAGCGCAAUGUUCAGGAACCCAUACCGAUAUCUUCUCUUGGUAAGGAUGAGAAGAACUUGGAACAGCAUCUGCCUGCGCAUGUCAUCACCGAAGAUGCUAUCCCUCCAGCACUCGAAGCCUCUGCCGAAGCAAUCACGAAUAACCGCUUGAAUCCGGACGAAGUUGAAAUAGUCACAUCGGCGUCGCAUCAACCUGCUGCUCAAGUGGUGCUCGAAGCUGCAACUAGUAAUACCGAUUUGACCUCACUGAACUCUCCACGAAGCGAAUUGAUAGACCUUGCGAUAAGCGAACCUUCGUCAAGCUUGCAUGCCACAGGAAUAAUACCAGGAACUGAAGAUGAUAAUGCGAGCACGUACGCACAACUGGAUCCAAAUGAUGUCAGACGUCUCAGCUUCAUCUCAUUCAAAGACAUCGUCCACAGCGAGCACCAGCAAAUGGCCGCUUCCAGCUUCAGUGAGGUUGGCAGCCGAGAAGGUCUACCUAUAUCGAAUAUGUCGGCCUCUAUCGGGGAACGUGCUGCGUCACCUUUGAGAUCUCCGCGAUCCCCAAAUUCAACACAUAGUUCAAAAGGAGGUCUCACAACGCCCCCGCCCGGUACCAAUGCCAAUCCUCUUACGGUAAAUCCAGAGCAAUCUCCAGUGCGCAGUAUAGGGCUCGGGAGUCCUGGAAACCAGCACGGAGAACUUACGAUCGAGACAAUGAGGCAGAGUAUCCGUAAGACUGCCAGCGGAGAUCUUGGUGGAGGGAGGAGCACUGGAAUGUCUCCGAUCAGCGACGAGAACAGCUUUUCUCCCGUGCCUCGAAGCCGAACGAAUUCAUAGGGAGGAUCUACAGCUUCGUCGGCACGGCACUGUUCGCUCGGAUUUUUUUUUUCUUUGGAGUCAUGUCUAUCCACCACAGGAAUGGUUGAAAUCAUAAUCUGGUUGCUCUCUUGACGAAAAUGUCCUUUCUGUUUUCGCCUCUCUCUUUUUGAUCUGGUCUGUGUUGUGAUGAAUUUGUGAAGAGUGUCAGCAUGGAUAUCCCAGUAUGAAACUGAUAUACUUGUCACAAUGUGCGGGAAGGAAGGAUUCACAGUCGGCUCGGCGAGCAAAGUGUCAUCAUCACUAGAAUAUCACACACACUCAGCAUAUUCUUCUACC